AUGAAAGACUCGAUCGCUACGCUGACUGCUGAUGGCGUGCUAAAGUGCAAAUGCUCCGACUCGAUCGCGGUGUCGGAGAAGCAGGGGCUCGCCAGACCGCGACGGGUGGGCCAUAUCCCGCAAACGAUGCCCAAGGCCGGAGAAGAGCACAAGCCUCCGGACGAUGAUGCGGUUCUGCUGUUGCUGCUGCGUAUGCCUAACCAAACGGCUGGUCUCGCCGAGUGGCUCUCCUGCCGCCUCGAUCGUAAGGCCAUCUGA